UCCGCGCUUCUUUCCGUUCCGACCCCUUUCUCCCUCCGCCCCGGUUCCCUCGUCCGCUCUUUGGCCCACGUGCGGGUUUAUUCUGGUUUUCACCUUGAACGUUUGCCGUAAAACUUUGGACCAAAUGUCGUCGCCGAUCGAGCAGAUGAGGACGAACGUGGGGAAGCUCCUGCGCGGAAUUGACCGAUACAACCCAGAAAACCUUGCAACGCUGGAGCGCUAUGUGGAGACACAAGCUAAAGAAAACUCCUAUGACCUGGAGGCCAACCUGGCUGUCCUGAAGCUGUACCAGUUUAACCCCGCCUACUUCCAGACUCAGGUGACCUCACAGAUUCUGCUGAAGGCGCUGACCAACCUGCCACACACCGACUUCACUCUCUGCAAGUGCAUGAUUGACCAGACACACCAGCAAGAGGAACGUCCCAUCAGACAGAUCCUCUACCUGGGGAACCUGCUGGAGACAUGUCACUUCCAGAGCUUCUGGACGAGUCUUGAGGAGAACAGGGAGCUCAUCGACGGCAUUACUGGUUUUGAGGACUCCGUUCGCAAGUUCAUCUGCCAUGUAGUGGGCAUUACCUACCAGACAAUUGAGCACCGGUUACUGGCCGAGAUGUUGGGAGAUCCGCUGGACACACAGGUGAAAGUUUGGAUGAACAAGUACGGCUGGACAGAGAAUGAAGACGGUCAGAUCUUCAUCUACAGCCAGGAGGAGAGCGUCAAGCCCAAGAACAUCGUGGAGAAGAUCGACUUUGAGAGUGUAUCUAGCAUCAUGGCUACAUCUCAGUGAUGCAAACAAACACACACACACACAUCAUUACACACAUCAGUCAAGGCAGAUUUAACUAGAUAAUUUGUUUUCAUAAACACACUUUUCUCAAUAAAAGUAAUUUAUCAUUUACA